UCAUCUCCUAUAUGCAGUUUGGGCCUGCUGUGGACUCUCCUCUUGUUCUAACACCUCUCCUGGCCUUAACAUCCUAUUGAUCCCUGAGGAGGCACAGCUCACAAGGAAGCAACAGGAAAAUCACCCUAAUAGUCAGUGCCUGACUAUGGACUCGGAGACACUAAAGUGUCACCAGCUGAGUAUAGACUGAGAGUUCCAACACAGCCUUUGUGCUUGGGUAGAGCCCAUUGCAGAGGCAGGGAGUGUCUUCUCUCCUCAGAGCAGAGUGUCCUGGGCCUCUCCAGGACAACAUUCGGACAGAGAAGGCUCCAGGGCCACCAUGAUGCCUGUCCCUGCCUCCCGAUCCUGCCCACCACUGCCAUCCCUGCUGCUGACUCUGCUACUGAAAUUCACAGGAACUUCGGAUCAAGAAUUCCAGGUGACCCAGCCUGAGAGUUCAGUUUCAGUCAGAGCUGGAGAGAUCUUGACACUGGGCUGCAACGUGUCUGCUCGUUCCCCAGCAGGGCCUGUCUUGUGGUUCAGGGAGAAUGGGCAAGAACGAAAGUUAAUUUACAAUUUCAACGGAGGCAAAUUCCCCCGAGUAACCCAAGUGGAAAACACAGAGUUCAACCAGACAGACUAUUCCAUCCGCAUCAGUAACGUGUCGCCCAAAGAUGUGGGCACCUAUUACUGUGUGAAACUAACCAUAGCGCACCCUGACAUGUCGUAUGUAUCUGGUUCAGGCACCGUUGUAUCUGUGAAUGGAACCACACAUGAGAUAUUCCAGGUGCAACAAGCUGAGAUGACACAGACUGUAUCAGUUGGAGAGACAAUCACCUUGAGUUGCAGUGUACCAGAUUCAUUCCCAAAAGGACCCGUCUUAUGGUUCAAGGGAAAUGGGCCAAACCGGGAAUUAAUCUACAAUUUCAAAGAAGGUUUCUUUCCCAGAGUAAAAGAAAUUGGACACCCCACCAAAGUUGGCAACACAGACUUUUCCAUCCACAUCAGUGAAAUCUCUCUUGCAGACGCCGGCACUUACUACUGCGUGAAGUUCAAGGAGGGGAAACCUAACAUGGAGUUCCAGUCAGGUCCGGGCACCAAGGUGUUUGUGACUAGCAAUAAGUUUGCCCCAGGUGCUCCAGAGAAACAUCUAAUGACCAUGAGGGGAACCAAGCUGAGGAAAAAUCUGCUGUAGAGAAGUGCAAAGAUGUAGAGAAUGUGGGUUGACAACAUUACACGGCCAUAUUGUUCCUGGUUCCCACCCCACUUCUGGAGCUCCAAUAAUAGGAGAGAAAACAUCUCCUUGUCAAGCCAGUUUUCUUAAAGUCAGCAUUGUCCUAAGGGAUGCCAGGUGAUAAAGUUCCCAUAUCCACAGAGCACUGAAGUACAAUUUCCAACCAUUUUUUUUCUGUUCCUAAAGCCUUACUUAUUCAAUUUUUCUAUUUUGUUAUAACUUCUGAAUUCUGAGCAAUACCCAGCUUGAGAAAUGAUUAAAUUCAUGAUACUACAAUACUACUAUUUGUUGGGCAUCUCCUGUACACGAAGCAUCUCCUUCUCCCAUAUCAUUGUAUUUACUGGCAUAGCAAUUUGAGUAUAAGAAUGAUUAUCCUUAUCAUAUGAAUGAAGAAACUGAGGCUCAAGGGAAUUUAGGGGGACAGAUACUAGGAGAAAGUGGAAAAGUUGGUCUGGGCUCUCUCCAGCAUGCUCUAUAUAUUAGUGAAGAACCUUUCCUUACAAGGGAUAAAAAUGAAAAAUAUUAGUAUAAUGGGAUCCUGUAGCUGAGGAGGAUUCUAGAUUCCUCACAGCAUCCAACACAGAGUUUUAGGACUAAGGUCCCAGGGCCACCAAGACUCUUAUUCUUUGAAAUUCUCUCAUCUCUAUUCAUCUCUACCUGGCAUUUGCUGCAUUUAGGCCUCAUCCAUAUAAUGGAAGAGGUAAGUACAGGAAAUGUUGACAUUCAUUACCUCAUCUUAGCAGUCAGGACGGAGAGAGAGCUUC